AUGAGUGUCCAAAGUAGCAGUGGAAGUUUGGAGGGGCCGCCAUCUUGGUCCCAGCUCUCCACGUCUCCAACCCCGGGCUCGGCGGCGGCGGCCAGGUCCCUGCUGAAUCACACGCCGCCAUCCGGGAGGCCCAGGGAAGGUGCAAUGGAUGAGCUUCAUAGUCUGGAUCCAAGAAGGCAAGAGUUAUUGGAAGCUAGAUUUACUGGAGUUGCAAGUGGGAGCACUGGGAGCACUGGUAGUUGCAGCGUUGGAGCUAAAGCCUCAACAAAUAAUGAAAGCUCUAAUCACAGUUUUGGAAGCUUGGGAUCUUUAAGUGACAAAGAAUCAGAGACACCAGAGAAGAAACAAUCGGAAUCAUCCAGGGGAAGAAAGAGAAAAGCAGAAAACCAGAAUGAAAGUAGUCAGGGAAAAAGUAUUGGGGGACGUGGCCACAAAAUUAGCGACUAUUUUGAAUACCAGGGAGGAAAUGGCUCAAGUCCAGUAAGAGGCAUACCUCCUGCAAUCCGUUCUCCUCAGAAUUCACAUUCACAUUCCACUCCUUCCUCAUCUGUUCGACCGAAUAGCCCUUCCCCUACUGCAUUAGCUUUUGGGGACCACCCUGUUGUACAACCAAAGCAGUUAUCCUUUAAAAUUACUCAGACUGAUCUCACAAUGCUGAAAUUAGCAGCAUUAGAAAAUAAUAAAAACCAGGACCUGGAAAAAAAGGAAGGUCGUAUAGAUGACUUGCUCAGGGCUAACUGUGAUCUCAGACGGCAAAUAGAUGAUCAACAAAAAUUACUUGAAAAAUACAAAGAACGAUUAAAUAAGUGCAUAUCAAUGAGCAAGAAACUUCUUAUUGAAAAGAGUACACAAGAAAAAUUGUCAAGCAGAGAGAAGAGUAUGCAAGAUAGAUUACGCCUUGGGCACUUUACAACAGUUAGACAUGGCGCUUCAUUUACUGAACAAUGGACAGAUGGUUUUGCAUUUCAGAAUCUUGUGAAGCAACAAGAAUGGGUGAAUCAGCAAAGGGAAGAUAUUGAACGGCAAAGGAAACUUCUAGCCAAACGCAAACCUCCCACAGCUAAUAAUUCUCAGGCACCUUCUACCAAUUCUGAACCAAAACAAAGAAAAAACAAAGCAGUCAAUGGAGCAGAAAAUGAUCCCUUUGUUAGACCAAAUUUACCACAACUGUUGACUUUGGCAGAAUAUCAUGAACAGGAAGAAAUUUUCAAACUUAGACUAGGACAUCUCAAAAAGGAAGAGGCAGAAAUCCAGGCAGAACUUGAACGUUUGGAAAGAGUCAGAAAUCUUCACAUACGGGAGCUCAAAAGAAUAAACAAUGAAGAUAAUUCACAGUUCAAAGAUCACCCAACAUUAAAUGAAAGGUAUUUAUUACUUCAUCUGCUUGGAAGAGGUGGCUUUAGCGAAGUAUAUAAGGCUUUUGACCUAUAUGAACAAAGAUAUGCUGCUGUGAAGAUCCAUCAGCUUAAUAAAAGCUGGAGAGAUGAGAAAAAAGAAAACUACCACAAGCAUGCCUGCAGAGAGUAUAGAAUACACAAAGAACUGGAUCACCCCAGAAUAGUUAAACUCUAUGAUUAUUUUUCCUUGGACACAGAUACGUUUUGUACAGUGUUAGAAUACUGUGAAGGCAAUGACUUGGAUUUCUAUCUGAAGCAACAUAAAUUAAUGUCAGAGAAAGAAGCUAGGUCUAUUGUAAUGCAGAUUGUAAAUGCACUAAGAUAUCUCAAUGAGAUCAAACCUCCUAUUAUACAUUAUGAUCUUAAGCCAGGAAAUAUCCUCCUGGUAGAUGGAACAGCAUGUGGAGAAAUCAAGAUCACCGAUUUUGGUCUGUCCAAGAUUAUGGAUGAUGAUAGCUAUGGUGUAGAUGGAAUGGAUCUAACUUCCCAAGGGGCAGGCACUUACUGGUAUUUACCUCCAGAGUGUUUUGUAGUUGGAAAAGAGCCACCAAAGAUUUCCAAUAAGGUCGAUGUAUGGUCAGUUGGCGUCAUCUUCUUUCAGUGUCUUUAUGGUAGAAAGCCAUUUGGUCACAAUCAAUCUCAACAAGACAUUCUUCAAGAAAAUACAAUAUUAAAAGCCACAGAAGUCCAGUUCCCUGUUAAACCAGUUGUAAGCAGUGAAGCCAAGGCCUUCAUACGACGCUGUUUAGCAUACCGAAAAGAGGAUCGAUUUGAUGUUCACCAACUGGCAAAUGACCCAUACCUUCUCCCACACAUGAGAAGAUCAAAUUCUUCAGGAAACUUACACAUGGCUGGGCUGACAGCAUCCCCUACGCCCCCUUCUUCAAGCAUAAUUACUUACUGACUUUCCUUCAAGAUUGGCAUGAUAUCUUUGAAUUGCUUCCAGAUGCAAACUUGAGUUUGAGAGCAUUUGAGUGUUUUUUGUGUUGUUUUUUUUUACAGGACAUGGUUAGGAACUGUUUGUGAACUAAAGUUCUUCAUAGCAUCAUUUGUAUGAGAGUGGAUCAUGGACAGUGAAUAAAUGCACACUUCUUACUUUGACCUUGAGCAGUGAAGGAUGACUGCCUGUUGCACAGAAACAGGAAUACCAUGUUAAGAUAGAAGAAAAAUGGGGGUUUUUGUUUGUUUAUUUGGGGGAACACUGUAAAUAACGUUUGUAAUACUUAAAUAUAUUUGAUUGUUACUAGAGAGUUCUAAUUGAAGGGUAGUUUUUCAUUAUUUAAAAACACAUGGAGAAAAUAUGAGACAUAUUUCUAACACAAGAACUACAGUGCCUGGAUACAUUCUUCAGCAUUCGGCAGUUAAUCUGCUGAAACCAAAGUAAGAACUGAAUGACAGUGGCCAUUGUGUUUUAUAGUAGAAUGUGAGAGUUAGAAUCUUUGGACAGAGUUAGACUUUGUCUUUUGCCUAUUCUGGCUUUUACCAAGUUGUACCUCGAAACCACAUGUCCGUUUUUUUUCCACUGGUUAUAUUAAAGGGAGAGCUGUUAGUCCUAGGUAUUUUACACCUUUGAUGAAAAGAUCUGCUUCUUUUGAAAUCAGUUGAAUUCACUAAAUUGUAAUAUUUCCAGUGCUUUCAACAUGUUAGAAUUAUUAACAGGUAUUUUUCUUUCAUUUCCAGGCCUUGUUCAUUAAAACAAGAGAUAGUAUGUAACCAAAUGCAGACCAGUUCUAUGCAGGAUAAUGAUAAAAUUCCCUUCUAGCUCUAUUGUAAAUUGUUGUACAGAUGUCCUAUUUCAAUUACUAAGUUUCAGCAGCUUAUUCUUGUACAAAUGUUUAAAAAUAUGGCUUUUCUAAUUGGAUAUUGUAUUUUUUUUAAGUCUUCUUGAAGGCGCUUUAAUUGCUGCUAAAAUGAUGUUGCUUCUUUGCUAAAAGAAUUGAAUGAGCUCCUUGAAGGUGCAAGUUGACUGUACAUUAUAGAGAUUAAAAACAGGCAUUCACUAACAAUCAAGGCAUGUAAAAAUGAUCCAUGUUGGGCAUAUUGAGUUCUCUAAAUUAGUUUCCUGGGUUCUAGGGCUGUGGAGCACAUAGAUACUAGAUUUAUAAAUUGUUCAUGGUUAUUCUACACUUGUAGAAGGUUCUUAUCAUCAAGGUGGGAUGAUAGUCCCAUAAAAAAGUUUCUUGUGGUUUGUACAGAUUUGUUAAAAUGUGAACAUUUUCUAACUGCCUUGUAUGGGUAGAAACCAAUAUUUUUCAGGAUGUUGUAUUUCAUUCUUACAAGGAUCUUUUCUUUAUUGUCACAUUCAUAUUGCUGAUACUUACAUGUAAGUUGUCCAUGUUGCAGAAAACAGAGGCUAUACCUACCUACCACAGAUUCCCCUUAAUAUUGUACAGUUAAACUGUGGCUCUUAUUUCUGAAGUUGCAAGCCAUUUUGUUUUUUCAUUGUACAUAGACACAUUGUCUCUUUAAGAUGCUGCUGAAAUUGUAGAGAAUGUAGCCAAAACAGUAAUAAACAAUAAUAGUUAAAAAGUAAA